CCCUGAAAUACUUUCACUAUAUCUCACCAGCGCAGCGCAGCACAGUCCGUUCCAUCUACAAUCCUCAGGCCCGCGCCCACCACAGUUCCCGCUCUAGGGCUUCUACCCAUUUCACCGUCGCCUCUCGGAAUAUUACAUUGUACCGCCACAUUCGUGCUGGAUAGUAGUCAUCAUGGCCGAGUCUUCGUUCAAGACGAAGACUAUGAAGAGGAAGAAUGUCAAGGGGCUCGCGCUUAGCGCUCCACCAGCCAAGCCAGCUCCCUCUGCUGGUGACGCGCAAAUCCCGGGGGGAAUGGCCAACGAUGAAGGGCGAGCAGACACCCUGGAAAUCGGUGUCGAAUUCCGGUUGGAUCUCAAGGCUGAAGAUUUAAUAGUCGUCCGAGAGCUGGGUUCGGGCAAUGGCGGAACUGUCAGCAAGGUGCAACAUGCGGCUACCAAGGUCACUAUGGCUAGGAAGAUUAUACACGUGGAAGCUAAAAACGAAGUACGAAAGAGAAUCGUCCGAGAGCUUCGUAUCAUGCACGACUGCAACGACGAGCGUAUUGUAGCCUUCUACGGUGCUUUCCAAAAUGAUACUGGGGAUGUUAUAAUGUGCAUGGAGUACAUGGAUGUUGGAUCCCUCGAUUGGGUCUCAAAGACGUUUGGCCCUGUUCGUGUCGAUGUCCUCGGCAAGAUUGCAGAAUCCGUCCUUGGUGGACUCAGCUACCUGUACAGCGCUCAUCGUAUCAUGCAUCGCGAUCUCAAACCCUCGAAUAUCCUGGUAAACUCAAAGGGCCAAAUCAAAUUGUGCGAUUUCGGAGUUUCUAGUGAGCUCGACGGCUCAAUAGCCGAAACCUUUGUAGGCACUGGAACCUAUAUGGCCCCAGAGCGGAUACAGGGAUCACCAUACACAGUCAAGUCAGAUGUUUGGAGUGUUGGACUUACGCUCAUGGAGCUGGCAAUCGGAAAAUUUCCAUUUGGCGGUAGCGGUGACGAUGCGGACGAACCCGGCGGCCCACAGGGCAUUCUAGAUCUACUGCAGCAGAUUGUACUGGAACCCGCCCCGAAGCUACCCAAGAGUGAUGCAUUUCCAUCGAUAUUGGAGGAUAUGAUAGCCAAGUGUUUAUUGAAAGACCCGGCUGAACGACCAACACCUAAGGAGCUUUAUGACGCAGACGCUUUCCUUCAGGCAGCAAAGAGAACACCAGUCGAUCUUGAGGCUUGGGCUGUUAGCAUGAUCGAGCACAACAAACGCAAAUCCCAUCUUGCCCCAACGGCACCCUCGUCUGCCGUUCGCGAGAAAUUGCGUGAACGUUCGCCGCCAAAUCGCCACACCCCUACCUCAUCUGUAGAUAGUAAACAUGCGGAUUUGAAUGGAUCGAAUACGGCGCCGCCCCGGCCAGCAUAUCCAGCGAGGACAUCUAGCGCAUCGAGUGGACAGAACAUUACGUCGUUGCCUAUUCGACCUGCUCCGGCGCCAGGUAGCUCUCCCCACACUCGAGCGCCACCUAACGGCGGUUUACCUGCCGCACCGGGUCCGCGAAGAUGAUUAGGGCUGUUUAGGAAAGUAUGGGACCCACCGAGCAAUAGUGACUAUGUAAUAAGGAUUCUCUCGGGCAUCGUGUAAGACAUUCUCAGGGGCAAUUAUCUGUCGUAGUUAUAUUCAUGGGAUGAAAUCAUUCAUUCAAUUUACACGACUGUAUAAGGCGGGCCCUCCCCUUCGGGCACCUUAUCUGCUAUUGGCAUGCUUUUUUUUUUUUGCAAACUGCAUCUUUUGGGCGCACCCGCUACUUAUU